AUGGCGCCACACCCCUGUGAACUGAAUAUGAAAACUAUCUUAACAGAUAAAGGUUUCAGUCCUCAGUCCUUCUUAAAAAGUGGCUUCCACCAAUUUCUUGAAAAUGUUGUUGAAUAUCUUCGUGAAUUCAAUAAAAUUCAAGACACCGGUUUUUUCAAAAAAGCUAAGUAUGUCGAUGCGAAAUCAUUGAACAUGUGUAUGCGAAAAAUCUUUCAAUAUGUCGCUCCAGGCUCAAUUCGACAAGAAGACAUCCAAUUAUUAGACAAAAUAUUUGGAACAUUACUUCAUCCCAAAACUCCAGCAGUAUAUUAUAUAGAAGCUCUUGAAAACUACCUCAACUUGAUUUCAGUUCUUAAUGAUCAAAGUCUUGAUGAUCUUCAACUUUCGCUUCCAUUAAUCGUACCAUAUUUGAUCGUUGCAAAAUACGAAGACCAAUCUCUUACAAAUGCAAAGAUUUAUGCCAAUUCGAAUCCGAUUAUUGACCCACAAAGUCCAGGAUUGACGGCUCCUGAUGCCAGCAAAUCCCUUGAAAUGGUUUUUGACUUUUUGUUCAAGAACUGGACAAUCCGUGAAGGCCUCAGUUUGAAUUUAUUUUUCAAUUGCAUCGUAAAAAUCAUCUACAAAGCACUUUGCGAAAAGAAUUCGGUAGCUACUCAUGACUACGGAUUCACAGUCUUACCAACAGAACUCCAUCGCUGCGUCAUGCUCUUCUUAAAGAAAAUUUUAGACAACUUAAAGCCACUCGACGCAUUACUCUUCACCAGGGACCACAUCAUCAUGAUGCUAUCCAUCUGCAAGGCUACAACUUACAAUCCAUGCACUGGAGACUUAAUUGUCACUUUUAAUCUGUUGUCAAGUAUCUAUGAGAAAGACAGUACAUACCAACUUUGCAUUAACUCAUACGACAAAUUCCAGCUGAGCAUCGGCGAUUUGAUUUUCGAAGUUCUUUCCUCAAAUUGUAAAAACAACGGUAUAAUUGAGGAGCCACUCAUUAUCGCUUCAUACGAUAUCAUCAGCAAGUACUUAUUCUCCAUGAUAAGCAAGGAGGAAUUCAAUAAUUGCAAGACAGCUCUUUCAAAAAUUUUUGUAUCGCAUGAAAACGAAGAAGGAGCAUUCGCCCACUUCGUACAUUGCACUCUACAUUAUUUGGUGUCUACACAAGAGAGAAGAGAAGAGAUUUGGCUCUUUUUCUGCAAAGAAUUCUGUAGAAGGCCAAUCGGUUCAGCAACUAUUGUAUUAUACGCCCAGUAUCUCGUUUUCUAUUCAAUUCCGGUAAUUUACAACUUCGGACAAGACGCAAUAACUCAUUGCAAGAAUUUCGUCGUCAGAAAUAAGCGAAACCGCCAAAAUACGAUCUACGAUUUCAUUGCGGAGAACUUACAAGCGAUAUUCGACUCUCCCAAUGACUUUGUCUGUCAGAAAUUGAAUCAAUUGCUUCCAGAGCUCCAAGAAUUCGAAAAAAUCCUCGUCAACAUGUACAUACAGCCACUUUCACUACCAGAGGACAAAGUUCUAGAAACAAUUGUCUUUUUCUCCAAACAAUUCAAGUUUUAUCAAGGUUUGUAUCCAUCGGAACGCCUUUUGGCCUUCGCGCCCAUCAUGGCCAUGGCUGACUGUUUGGCCAGAUCACUUUUGUUCCCACCGGGAAUUGAGAUAAAUGGUACAAUUCCGUUCCAGAUCUGCGGCAACGCUCUUUUCUCAGCGAUCUUCGAUAUUGAUGACGACAGGAUACGCACGAUCUCAUUUAACUUACUCGCGCAGAUCCUAAACAUCAACCAAAUGAAGAAUUACUUAAAUGAAAAAUCAUUAUCGAUGUGGUACGCCGCAACAUGCCUCCAAAUGCUCUCUACAGAUGAGAACACAAGAGAAGAAGGUUUUAAGCAGGCUCUCAACAUUGUACAACACGCAUUUACUGGAUCAUUGUUAUUAGUACCGGUAAUGAUGACUUUAAUCGAGUCCUCCUUCAUCAAAACAUCUUCACAAGAGCUGUCCUUCCUUACUUCAUUCCCAUUGUUCCACGUAACAGCUACUUUCUCUGAACCUUUCAAUAAAUCAGUCCUUUCUAUCGUCCACCGCUGCCCGACCAUGUUCAUAAGCGAUCCAGAACAGAAACUGCUCCGAUCACCAGAAAAUUUGAGGGAAAGAUCGAUAAAAUUAAUUGAUAGGAUGCAUAUGUUGGCAAUGAAGGAAAAUCCGAACAUGCAGAACUCACUGUUCGAAUUACUCAUUCCUGCGUAUGGUACAUUGAUCUCAGAUGAGCUCACAAACGAAAAUCCAGAUCUUAAUUUAAUAAGUAGAUAUUUACAGUACUUUGUCGAUGCGCUUAAGCUCAGAUCCCUCGAGAGCCUUGUUUCGAUAAGGUCCCUCCUCAUGUUUAUGACGAAAAUCGCUUCAUUGAAUCCGAAAGUUGUCAAAACAUUCAUUGGUAACGUUUCGAAGUAUUGCUGCCAGCUCACAAGCUCAGAUACAGAGACAUGGGUGUUCCACGUCGUAAGAUUAACUGUAGAUUGUUAUGUAGAGACAAGCGCCGUAAUGAAGACGGAUUCUGAGUACACAGACUUCGUAAUGUUCCUUAAUAAAGGCAUGCAGCGCUCCAGCGGCUUCACACAGGACGUUUCCAGCUUCAUGAGAAAUUGUAUCGAUUAUCUCUCGAAGUAUUACUGCAAAUACCCAUUCCACGAGACAGUCGAGAUCAUGAGCAACACGUCAUCCUUCAAGAAGGACCACGAGAACUCCAAAUUCUUCUCAUUGGACGGAAUCAUCACAGGAACGGCCAUUGAAGGCGAGAAAGUGAAGGUUUCAAGCCAGACAUGCAGUGGCCAGUUCGUCUGGGACUUCGAGCCAAUCUAUCAUAACAUUUUGCCCUUGGAACAAGUUCCUCAAAUUUCUGGCACUUUUUGUAAUGGUGGAAAGAAAGAAAUUAUUCCUACAUAUAAUAUUGAGCAUCAGAAAACCUUUGCUGAUACGAUGGAUGAAGUAAUUAAGCGCCUUGACCAUGAUUUCAAGGAUAAUUUCAACUUUGACGAAAUUCCAAGCGACGGCAACUUCGAAACCAUUCUUUCCAACAUCGAACUUGCUGCCAAAAAGUUCAAGGAUAGCGUCUAUGCAGACAAAGUUGCAAGAUACAGCAGGCCUCCGAUUUCAUUUGUAAAUCCAGUCGCAAGUGUCUUCGUCGCCACUGGUCGAUGCUCCACAAGCAACAUGGACCACCUCAAGGUCAUCGAUACCUCCGAAAAGAUCGCUCUUGACACUCUAGAAAAAGUAAAUACUCACGCAACUCGUCUCGGCACCAAAUUCGGAGUUUUGUUCGUCCACGACAAGGCUGUUGACCAGAAUAUGAUUUUAUCAACAACUUUCGAAGAGACAACUCCUCACUUUUCGGAAUUUAUAACCGGAAUUGGUUGGCCGAUCAGUUUGAAAGACCACAAAGGCUAUCUUGGAGGUCUUGAUGCCAAGAACGCAAGGAAUGGCCGCACAUCUAUCUACUACGCCGAUUCAAUGCACGAAAUGAUGUUCCACGUGGCUCCCCUUCUUCCGAACGACCCAACAGAAAACGAUAACCAGCAGAUCUACAAGAAGAGGCACAUAGGAAACGACCACGUCCACAUCAUUUACUGCACAUCAGAAAAAGACUACAAUACAACGACGAUCACGAGCCAAUUCAACCAGGUCCACAUUGUAGUCUAUCCUCUGCAGACAGGAACGUUCAGAGUCGACACGUUCUCGAGAAACGACGAAAUCAAGUUCGGACCACUUAAGAAUUCCGUCGUUGUGUCGAAGAAGGAACUUCCUUCUUUGGUCAGAGACACAGCGGAAGAGGCAAUGGUCAGGUUCUACAUGAGCCAGAGCGCUUUGGCCCAUCCGAUCAACGACAUUAAUAGCCACAUCGACGCAAUCAACGAAAGAAACCUUAUCGUAAGAGAUAAGUACCCAGUUCACCAGCCAUUCAUCGAAAUGAUGCUUCAAGACUAA